AUGUCAUUUAUUCAGCGGGAAAGAGAAGUGAACGCGACCCUGGUACCGCCUCUAGAUCCAUCUCUCUUUACGCCUACCGACACGGAGCUUGCAUUCCUGCGGCUGCGGAUAUCUGAAGAUGACGGCGGACUUAGGAGGAGAACCUUGGAGAUUCAGAAAGACGAGAAGUAUCCGUAUCCGUGCAUUCGCGCAUUCCACCAUGUCAGUUUGAUGAUGUUGGCGAAUCCGAUAUAUCCAGUGGUGCUUGAAGCCGGGAAGGCAGGAAAUGCUGUAUUUCUGGACAUAGGAUGCUGCAUGGGAACCGAUGUGCGCAAGCUUGUCUCAGAUGGCUAUCCGGCAUCGAAUGUCUUAGGCUGCGACCUGAGACCGGAAUUUAUCGAUCUUGGCCAUAAACUCUUCCGGGAUCGGGACAGUUGUCCGAUUCGUUUUUUCACGUCCGAUAUUUUUGAUCUAUCCGUCCCCAGUGCUUUCGAUGGGACACUACGCAGUGUCCAUGAAGCGCCACCGCUCAUUCGAGUCGACCAGCUAUCACAACUGCUUGGAUCCCUGACGCACAUCUAUACCGGUGCACUCUUCCACCUGUUUGAUGAGACGACACAAUAUGCGAUUGCAUUACGGGUUGCCUAUCUGUUGAAGCGAGAGUCGGGCACGAUCGUGUUCGGCAGGCAUAGAGGCCUGGAGUGUGAGGGAAUGAUAGAUGAUCAUCUCGGAAGGAUACGCUACGGGCACUCUGAGAGGUCCUGGCCCCUGCUCUGGAAGAGGGUCUUUGCCGAAGUCGAGGAUGCUGAGUUUGCGGAAAAUAGAGUCAAAGUGCAGGCGAAGCUCGAUGCGCCUUUCGACCAGCAUAUCCCCGGUACGACCAGGAAGGGUCAUAUGUUGGUCUGGAGUGUGCAGAUCACAUAA